GGAGCAACCAUCACGCGCCUCCGCGUCCCCUCACGGCGGCGCGUGACCCUGACGCGCUCCAGUUGCGCAGGUCACAUCCAGAUGUGCGUCUUGCUCUGAACCAAUCAGGUGCGGAGGGGGGGUGAGGGUGAGGAUGAUGAUGGAGCGCGGCCCCCGCACGCAGGGAGUCUCAUCGUGAAGAGGAGGUGCGCGGCCUGAGGAGAUCCCGCCUCGUGCUCCCGGAUCAGAGCUUUCUGUGGGAUCAGUUCGGUUCCGGUUCGGUUUGCUGGUUUUCCUGCGGUACCUCAGCGCGCACGCGCUCAGCGCACCUCUGUCAGCAGGUGAUGAAGGGAGCGCGCGCGGUGACGCGGCCAGAGUCUGAACGGAGGCGCUGAGGCGGACCGAACCGAACCGAACCGGACACAGCGGUGUUCGGGUUGGGAGGAGUCAACCCGGUUCAGCGGAUCCAGGGAGCGAUUCUCCUGGUUUGGAUCGGAACCAGGUUUAAGGCGGCGCCCGUAAAGGACAUGAGGCAGCAGAGGGAGUCGUCCUCCAUCGGGCAGAGCGCGGCUGGAUGGCAGCAGGAACGGCCGUCCCACAGCUGAGGAAGGAAGCUCUGAACCUCGGAUCGGUCAGUCAGAGGUUGUCAUGGUAACACGUCCUCCUCUGCCUCCUUGUUAGAGACUGAGGGGACCCUGGUGAGGCUGCAGAGAGUCCCCGGACCACAGAGACUCAGACCGCCGCAGCCCCCAUGCAGGCGCGUAAGAAGUAUGUCCUGCUGGGCCUUUGUGCGUGCUCCUGGCUUGUCCUCUUCUACUGCGGCGGAGGAGUCCAACUACGUGUGCUGCGCCUGAUAACACGCCACCGCGCGGAAGUCCUGCACCCUUGGCCCAACUGGACCGACCGGGCCUUCCUGCCCCGCUACGCCCAUCUGGACGAACUCCAGACCGACCCAGGGACCGCCGAGUCACCAAGACAGCGUCGACAAGCAUGGUCCACCAUCUACAGAGACAGCCGCUGCCGCAUGGAGACCUGCUUCGACUUUUCUCGGUGCCGGCGCCGGGGACGCGAGGGGUUCAGGGUCUACAUCUACCCAUCAGAGAAAGGUGAGCGCGUGUCGGAGAGCUACAGAAAGAUCCUGGCCUCCAUCUCUGAGUCCCGCUACUAUACGUCAGACCCUCGAGAGGCAUGUCUGUUUGUGCUCGGCAUAGACACAUUGGACCGGGACCAGCUGUCAGGACAGUUUGUCCCCAACAUGGACGAACGCAUCCGCAGUUACCCUUCAUGGAACGAUGGGCGGAACCACCUGAUCUUCAACCUGUAUUCGGGCACCUGGCCCAACUACACUGAGGACCUGGGCUUCAACGUGGGCCAGGCCAUCUUAGCCAAAGCUAGCCUGAACACGGAAUACUUCCGGCCCGGUUUCGACGUGUCCAUCCCGCUCUUCUCCAAGGAUCACCCUCAGAAGGGGGGGGGACGGGGCUGGCUCCUGAGGAAUACCACGCCGCCGCGGAGAAAGUACCUGCUGAUGUUCAAGGGGAAGCGAUACCUGACCGGCAUCGGCUCCGACACCCGGAACGCUCUUCAUCACAUCCACAACGGGAAGGACAUUGUUUCCAUGACGACCUGCCGCCACGGGAAGGACUGGGAGAAGCACAAGGACGCUCGGUGUGACCAUGACAACCUGGAAUAUGAGAGACGCCGGCGGCGGGCGUCGCCCUCGGGUUCGCCUUCGGUGCGUCUCACGGCCCCCGAGGGCCCGAACCCGCAGGCGGCUCCCUUUGCGGGCCCAUCUAUGGGAUCUAGUUCUCAGCUGAAGGCAGUCGGGCCUUUCCGUUCCUCCAGCAGCUCAUUCCCUCCUGUUCUGUUCUUCCAUGUUUGGCGUCCGCUCCAUCAGACCUGGACCUCGGAGUUGACCCAGAGGGCGGGUCUGUUAUCUGACCUUCAGCAGCGCUCGCCAGAAUGCGGUUCCAAGUUUUAUAAAUGGAGGAAGAACAUUUCCGGCAGAGGUGGAGGAGAUGGUGGCGCUCUGCUCAGGCUGCUUAGAGGGUGGCUUCAGGUUAAUGAUCCGCCGCACCUGCUGCUCCAGCAGAUUAACCUGGAGGGACCGGGACAACAAGUCAUCCGAGUCACGUCCAGAAUCAGCAGGGAGGAGGAGGAGGAGGAGGAGGAGGAGGAGGAGGAGGACCUGUUCUCCUCGUCCUGCAGCAGAUUGGAUGAAGAAAAGCUAAGAUCUGACCCUCCCCCACCUGUUUCUGCUCCGCUGUGCGUCCAGGCGGCGUGCAUCCCCGUCCUGCUGAGUAACGGCUGGGAGCUGCCCUUCUCUGAUGUCAUCCAGUGGAACCAGGCCGUCGUCGAGGGAGACGAGAGGUUACUGCUGCAGGUGCCAUCCACGGUGCGGGCGGUACCAAACCAGCGGGUCCUGGAGCUCCGUCAGAGGACACAGAUGUUAUGGGACGCCUACUUUUCCUCUGUGGACAAGAUUGUCCUCACCACACUGGAGAUCAUCAAGGACCGGAUCUUCUCUCACAUCUCCAGGAACAAGUACAUGUGGAACUCGCUGCCAGGAGGUCUGCUGGUUCUGCCAGAGUUCUCCACCCACCUGGCCCACUUCCCCUUCUACUACCUGGGCCUCGGGAUCAGUUCUGGUCACGAGUUCACCGCCGUCAUCCACGCCGUCUCGCCAUUGGUCUCCCAGUCGCAGCCAAUCAUGAAGCUGCUUCAGGUCGUCUCCAAGUCCAAGUACUGCUCACAGAUCAUCAUCCUGUGGAACUGCGAGAAGCCCCCCCCCAGCCGCAGCAAGUGGCCCCCCAUGCCCGUCCCUCUCAUCGUGACGGAGGGCAGGAGGAAGACCACCAGCCGCUUCCUGCCUCACGUCGCCAUAGAGACGGAGGCGGUGCUUAGCCUGGACGAGGACACGGUGCUGCUGACCAGCGAGGUGAACUUCGCCUUCCUGGUGUGGAGGAGCUUCCCGGACCGGAUCGUGGGCUAUCCUCCCCGGAGCCACUUCUGGGACCCGCUGAAGCAGGCCUGGGGCUACACCUCCAAAUGGACCAACGAGUACUCCAUGGUCCUGACGGGCGCCGCCUUCUACCACAGGUACUACAACUUCCUGUUCUCCCACUUCCUGCCGCAGUCGCUGCGGGCGCUGGUAGACCGAACCGCCAACUGCGAGGACAUCCUGAUGAACUUCCUGGUGUCUGCCGCCACCCACCUACCGCCAGUCAAGGUGGCCCAAAGGAAGCAGUACAAGGAGGUUCUGCCCCCGCAGGGCGUGAACAGCGCCCCCUGGGCCCACCCGGAGCACUUCGCCCAGCGGCAGGACUGCGUCAACGCCUUCGCCAGCUGGUUCGGCUACAUGCCGCUAGUCCACUCCCAGCUGCGCCUCGACCCGGUUCUCUUCAAGGACCAGGUGUCCGUCUUCCGGAAGCGGUACAAAGACCUGGAGCGGGCGUAGCGCCAGGAGCCGCCACAGGGGGGACCUCUCUGGCCCGAUCCCCUGGUUCUGGAUGCUUCUGGCAGGACCGGGUCUCAGAGGGAAAUGGACUCCAAAGGACAGUGUCACCGCUGCAGAAAGAACGCCUGAGGAACCGUCACUGGUUCUGUUGGUAGAACCCAACCAGAACCGCUGAUCUUAAACAGAUUGUUUCAGUAAAAUAUGUCAAAACAAUAAAGAGGUUCCUGAUCGGCCCGGCGAUCCAACCUGGUUCUGG